AAACUCCCACUCUACGGUAGGUGAACUCUAUCUUCAAAAAGUACUACUCUUAAACCACAACGUACAACUCAUUAAAGCAACAAACAGUCAAUCUUGAUAUUACCACCCCAUCUAUAACAGCAUGACUUGUGUCAUACCUGUAUCUUUAAAAAUCAAAUCUUUAGCUACCCUUUUGGGCUAAAACAAUUAAAAUCAUAAAUUUUUUAUCUUUAUAUGACAUUAUUUAGUUACCCCUUUCUUGAAGUGUUGAGAUUUGAGUGAGGAAAUUUAGGGAGAUGGGGUUUGAGAGUAUUAAGAAAUUGAAGCCUUUGGUGCAUUUAUUGUUGCCACUAUGUUUCCAUUGGAUAGCUGAAGAGAUGACUGUUUCAGUUCUUGUUGAUGUUACGACUAAUGCUCUUUGUCCAGGCAAAACUACUUGUUCUGAAGCUAUUUAUAUCAAUGGUGUUCAACAAACAGUUGUUGGAAUAUUCAAGAUGGUAGUCCUUCCUGUCCUAGGUCAGCUUGCAGAUGAGUAUGGGCGUAAACCGCUUCUUCUUCUCACUGUAUCUACUACAAUUAUUCCUUUUGGUUUACUCACCAUCAAUAAGUCAAAGGAAUUUGUCUAUGCUUAUUAUGUCUUGCGGACGCUUUCUUAUAUCAUAAGUCAAGGGAGCAUUUUCUGUAUCUCUGUUGCUUAUGCGGCAGAUGUUGUUGACGAGAGUAGUAGAGCUGCAGUUUUUAGUUGGAUUACUGGCCUUUUUUCUGCAUCCCAUGUUAUGGGGAAUGUCCUUGCACGUUUUCUUCCUGAGGGCUACAUUUUCCAGGUUUCGAUAGGUCUCUUGAUCUUUGUUCCUGUUUAUAUGUCACUGUUUCUAGCAGAAACCGUAACUCCAAGAACAGAGGUGAAUCAAAGUUCGACACUAAAGAGAAAAAUGUUGAAGGUUGUCCAGGAACGAUUUAACUCGAUGAGAUAUGCUGCAAAUAUUGUCACUAGCAGCCCAACACUGAAGUGCAUUUCUCUGGUUUCUUUCUUCUACGAGUUGGGAAUGUCCGGGAUCAGCAGUGUUUUGCUGUACUAUCUGAAAUCAGCCUUUGGCUUCAAUAAGAAUCAGUUCUCAGAAAUUUUGAUGAUGGUGGGAGUAGGUUCCAUAGUCUCACAGAUUGUGGUGCUUCCUCUUAUCAAUCCUCUUUUUGGGGAGAAAGUGAUACUAUGCAUGGCCUUGCUUUCAUCAAUAGCUUAUGCAAUGCUCUAUGGACUAGCAUGGGCACCUUGGGUUCCAUAUUUAAGUGCUUCUUUUGGGGUCAUCUACAUCCUUGUUAAGCCCUCUACUUAUGCUGUUAUAUCCAAAGGAGCACUUUCAGCAGAUCAGGGCAAAGCACAGGGAUUUGUUGCUGGCAUUCAAUCAGUCGCGAGUUUGUUAUCUCCAAUUGUAAUGAGUCCAUUGACCUCAUGGUUUUUGUCCCGUGAUGCACCUUUCAACUGCAAAGGAUUUAGUAUACUUUGUGCUUCUUUAUGCAUGGUUGUUUCACUGUGUUAUGCUUGCAUGCUGAAAGUAGAGGCACCACGAACGAGGACCUUCGAUGAAAAUGCAGAGAACAUUGAAGCACCUCUUUUAACAUGAUACUUGAAACAUCAGUAUCCAUUAUCCCAAAAUUGUCUAAGCUAUAGUCCCCCAAGGCCGCCCCUUUACAAUGACAAUAAGUCUGGUCUUAGGUUAAAAAAAUAAUAAUAGAAAAAAAAAGUCCGGUCUACGGGGUCUAUAGAGUUGUAAAUCUUUUGAAGCUAGGCUUUAUCUAGAUUAGAAGAGGUGUAUUAAUUAUGUAAUCUAACUUGUUCUUGGUUUUAUUACUCUUCAAUGUAUCACUAUAUUUUUUGAUCUAUAAUAAAGAUGUUGGUUUGUACUUUGUACUUUA